CUGUGAUUUUAAUCUGCAGUAAUUUAUGACAAAUACUCCCAUGGCACGCUCAGAUUAUUCGAUACGGAAGCUCUGCAGCCAGUAAAGACCAGCAGGCCAUGCUUUGCUGGUUAUCUUGUCUGUAUCAGUUCAACGAACCCGGGCUAUAAAUAGAUCCAGUGAGUGUUUCUGGACAGACUACUGUGGUGGUUAGUGAGCAUGUGUGUUUCUUUAAGAAUUCAGCUGCAAUUUGAGCCCUAUAGGAACGAGGGAGAAAUAUAGAGAGAGACGGGGAGAGGGAGCUGGUUAGAGAAGUCGCUCACCAACACCGCCCCCUCCAUCAUUUCUGUAAUCGAGCGUCGAGCUGCACGAUCUGCACCUCUGCAUUAUGCGCGUUUGGUGUCGGUGGGAAUUCUCGGUAAACACAGCACAGGCACAGAGCUCCAGCCCCUUCGCAUCCCCCACAAAUAGCUAGUGUGUGCGCGGAGCAGGAGGCGGUCUGUCCUGUUUAUCAAGAAAAUGAUUCGACACGGCUGUGCCGUUUGCUCAGCGCUUAUGGAGGCGAGUCCAGAAACCAUAACGAGCUGAGAGAGGGGGAGACGCCAGAUAUCUUAAUGAACGUCAUAAGGUAGGUCCGUUUGGGAUGAUUUUGUCUGCUGUCAAAUACGAGGCUACAAUACGAUGACACGGCUAGGCCACUGCCAUUUCUUUUCCAUACGCUACAGCAGCUGGCCAGGCAAGCAGGCAUGCAGUCAGUGCGGCGUAAACUGGCCUUUAAGGUUGGGUGGCCAUGGACCCUUUCAACCAGCUUAUUCUCGUCAUCUCGGUGACCAGCUUCUUCACCUUCCAGUGGCUCUUCCACAGAGUCAGCCCCUGGUUGUCUGUACGCAUCAGUCCUGGCUUCCUUGGCCUCAGCGACAAGCAGAAGGUGGAAUGGAACUCGAGGACAGUAUCAACGUUUCACGCCUUGUUGGUGGGAAUAUUCUGUCUUUACAUUCUGUUUUUUGAUGAUGCUGUCAAUGAAGAUCCAGUUUGGGGAGAUCCUACACUGGUCAAGACAAACGUUGCAAUUACAACAGGCUACCUCAUAUCGGAUUUGCUGCUGAUAUUUUAUUAUUGGAAGGCAAUAGGCGACAAGUUUUUUGUAGUUCAUCAUCUGGCAGCGUUGUAUGCUUACUACUAUGUACUGGGCCAAGGAAUGUUGCCUUAUUUUGCUAACUUCCGCCUGCUAGCUGAGUUUUCUACACCGUGUGUAAACCAGCGCUGGUUCUUUGAGGUGUUGGGUUAUCCCAAGUCCUCCCGGCCCAACAUGGCAAAUGGCGUUGCCAUGGCAGUGGUGUUUUUCCUCGUCCGCAUCGGUGUCAUGCCAGUCUACUACAGUCGCAUGUAUGCGGUCUAUGGCACUGAGGCCUUCUACCUGGUGCCAUGGGGUGGUCGUGUAGCCUGGAUCUGCUCCAGCAUCUGCUUGGACAUUAUGAACAUAAUGUGGAUGCAUAAGAUCGCCCGUGGAUGUUACAAGGUCCUACGAUCAGCACACCGGAGCAAAGCUGGCACACCUCAGGAAAACGGCAAGACGGAUUAAGAGAACCAGGUGUCACUGGUGAGAACAUGCCACAGCAGAAACACUGACAACACUAUGUGCAGUGGCUCGUAGCAAGUUGGACCCUGGCAUGCAAGGCUGCUUCAUUAGCAGCCUACCUGGGACUUGAGAUUACAAGACCACAUGCAGGGAGGGAACUUGAAAGCAGGCACAGUGACCGAGAUGUACCAAUGGACCAUUUAAAAUGGCCAUCCCAAAGCCAUGAAAUGACCUCUUAGCAAUACUGUGUGCAUGGCCAAUUAUUUUUCUUGUGAAGGAUUUACCAGAAGAGGUCAUCCCGGGACAAAGCGGCUGUUAGCCCAACGACAAAUUGUCAAAAAGUUUACCAUUCUUUACGAACUUCGUGAUCAACAAAAGACUUUUGUAUUAAUGCUGCUGUCUGAGUCGCAGAAUGAAAACGAUGAAAUGGAUGGUGUUGGUGAGGUAAAUAUGUGAGGAAACCUCCAAAGCAUUUUGUGAAUCCACAUUGAUGGUCAGUGUCAUAAAAUCCUUGUUAGAUGCCAUUUGAGGGAUAUGUGAUUAAGAAAUAAUCAAAUUCCAUCAAGUGCAGUCUCAGAAGAAUUUGUGAUUUUAUUUUUUUUAAUU